CUCCUGGGAACAGCUCGACUCAGAGCUGUGACUCGUGGAGGGACCAGCACCAACUGCUGAAGAGGGAGGGAGAGGAACCCCCCCAGUGGACAAUUCUGCACUGACCUCUGUGUCUGGGAUGUUCCCUAUUCUGGUACAUAGAUAGAUAUUGACCAAAGAAUCAUAGUGCUGGAUGACUGAUUGGAUCAUACAUUGGGGAAAAAAUCCACAAAGAUCAGCACACCAUCACACAGUGUACUGAGGAAGAAAAUGUCCAACCAAACUACCAGGACCAAAUUCCUUCUCCUGGGGUUCUCUGAUGUUCCAGAACUGCAGAUUUUACACUUUGUGGUUUUUCUAGUGCUUUAUCUGAUAUCCCUACUGGGGAACCUUCUCAUCAUCACAGCCAUAGCCUUUGACCGCCACCUUCACACCCCCAUGUACUUCUUCCUGAUGAAUCUGUCCAUCCUAGACCUUGGCUCCAUCUCUGUCACUAUCCCCAAAUCCAUGGCCAACUCCCUCAUGAACACAAGAUCGAUUUCUUAUUCUGGAUGUGUUGCCCAAGUCUUUCUCGUCUUCUUCUUUGCUUCAGCAGAUUUUGCCAUACUGACCAUCAUGGCGUACGAUCGAUAUGUCGCCAUCUGCCAACCACUGCACUAUGAGACAGUGAUGAACAGACGAGCUUGUGUCCAAAUGGCAGCCAGUGCCUGGAUCUGUGUUCUUCUCUACUCUGCAGUGCACACUGGAAACACCUUUGCAAUAUCCUUCUGUGGAGGCAACAUGGUGGAGCAGUUCUUCUGUGAAGUCCCCCAGCUACUCAAGCUUGCUUGCUUUGACUCAGACCUCAGUGAAGCUGAGUUUCUCAUCUUUAGUGUGUGCUUAGCCUCAAGCUGCUUUAUUUUCAUAAUUGUGUCAUAUGUUCAGAUCUUCACCACAGUGCUGAGAAUCCCCUCUGAGCAGGGCAGGCAUAAAGCUUUCUCCACCUGCCUCCCUCACCUCAUUGUGGUCUCCUUGUUUAUUUGCACUGGGACCUUUGCCUACUUGAAACCCACCUCCAACUCAGCCUCAAGUCUGGAUCUCGUGGUGGCUGUUCUCUAUUCUGUGUUGCCACCAAUGAUGAAUCCGAUCAUCUACGGCAUGAGGAACAAAAAGCUUAAAGGUGCACUGAGUAAACUGAUAGUUUGGAGGUUAUUCUCUAAGAAUAAAAUGUCCUUAUUUCUCCUUCAGUAACAAUUUCAUUCUGUGUUUCUUUAUAAAUAUAAUCAGCUGAUGACACUAUUGCCUGCAUGACAAAAUACUGUGCAAUCUGUUUAUGCAGAAUUGGGUAUUUACACUAGGAAAAAUCUAGACAAACAUGACUCAGUAAAAUGGAGUUACUAUAGGUUUAGACCAAUGUAAAUAAGAUCGGAAUCUAUCUAUCAGCUACUGCUACCCAUCACCAUACUAUCUGAGUAUCUUGCCCAUAAAAUCAGUAGCCAUAGCAAAGUCCAUAGUGAGAUCUCUGUCUCUUCUUGUUUUUGGCAAAAAAAUCUCUGAUUGAGGUAUCAAUGCAUUUGUUCUUUGUGCUUUUUGUUUGUUUGUUUGUUUGUUUGUCAGAUUUUUAGCAUUUUUUUUGGCUUAAAUGGUUGGUUGGUAGUUUGUUUUGUUUCUUUGUUCCAGGAAGUUGUGGAGGUGGGAAAGCCUGGGGAGAUGGUAAGUGUUUGGUUAGACAGGAUUUUCAAUGUUUGUCCUCCCUGGAAGUGCCACUGUGUCAUCUCUUUGAUGGGGUUUUCUGAGCGAGCUGAAGGUUUGCUCCCCACAAUGAUAAAAAGGUGCAAAAGAGGUUUCUGCUUUGCUGAGUUCCCGAUGAAAUGAUUAUGUAUAUACUGUUGGGGUAUUAUUGUAUUAUUAAUGACAUGUUAGAGAAAUAACAAUCUCAGGUAAGCAUCUUUUCUAUUAUUUUUACCUAAAUGAAUAUGUAAAAAAGGUGUCAUUCUUGCUACGGUGAAAAGGGUGUUUUGAAGAGAAACUUUUUCCAGAGUUUCCUAAAGAAAACCUGACUCAGGAUAAUGAGGUCAAAUUUGUAUUCCAUGGAAGCCACUAGGAUUUAGCCCAUCACUUCAAGGAGAUCAGGAUUUGGCCAAUAGCCUAUAUACCCAAGGAUUCAGAUUUGGCUGACAGCACCCUGGAGAAAGUGAGUGUGACAGAGAGGUCAGGGUCUGAUUUCCUAACUCAGCUAGACCAGCACCAAUGCAGAGUAGACCCAGUGACAUAACAAGUUUACUACUGAUGUGGUUUUGGCCCAAAGUCACUGGGCGGCACUCAGUAGUGACAUGAACACUGGUGUAAGCUUCUUGUCUGGGGUCAUUUUGUUCUAACCUUGGUGUAAGUGGAAAAGUGCCAUCCCUUGAACUAAUCUGGUGUUCCAUACACCUUCCUGUGUCGAUCUACUCACAUCCAUACUGAGAAGGGAUCUCAGAAGCUGACCAGUUAUUAGUAUAAGAAUAUCAUCUUUGUGCAUGGUUGUGUAUACUACAUAUACAGACAAACGCAGAGUAUGUGAUUAGAUAGACAGACAGACAGGACAAUUCCUUGUCUUAACACGCAACCACAUUUCAUCAUAAUGAUAGAUUUCUAUUUGAUUGUGAAUUAUGUUAGCUAGCUAGAUAAUGUAUAAUCUAUGGAAAUUAUUGUGCAAAUUAUUAUGGUUCUUUUCCUGUUAACUAUUGUCUAUGUCCAGAUUAUGAUUUUCUUAUAAGGACUCCUUAUUAAACAUUAUUU